AUUCAACACUGUGGGUGUUAAAUCAACACUGGUGAUUUUGCUGUGUACUAUUUGGCAUGCUAGCCUAUAUAGUAAUGUAGUACAGUAUGUGGUUUCAGACGUUACCAUAAUCCUAAUGCAAAUGAGCCCUAUGAAAGGGCGGAUCCCUCCUCCUACCUGAGGUAACUACACUAAACUAACGGCUGUAUUCCAGGAAGUCAACCGCAUUUUCAAGGGGAAAAGGAUUUUGCGACAAUGGCGAGACUUUAAGGUUUUUCUCAAUUAACCAACCCCACACGGAAGAGAAAAGUCAUGGGGCUGUUGGGCGACAUGGUGUUUCUUUUUGGACUGUUUCAUUCGUCGGUGUGGAUAAUCUCAGUCUCAGGAAGUCCAGCACUUACCAUAAAUCUUUCCAGUGAUUCUACCAUACAUAUAAGUAGGAGUAUGGCUUCGCAAUUAAAAUGUAACGUUUGUAUUGGACCUUCAUGCCACUCGUCUCUGACACUCAGUAAAAGCAUGGAGGUGGUCUUCACCUGUCCACAACCGGAAGAUGUCUUCAUAGUGAAGAUUGUUAGACACAUUGUAUGCACCACUAUGUGUAAUGGUACAAUCAACCCAGAGGACUACAGUUCUCUUCAAAACUUUAAUCGCACCUUUACCUGGAACGUGAAAGUCCAGGGCCACAAGGCUUUCUGCUUGGACUUUACCAGUGCUGGUUUAAGGCAGAUCCAAACUACAGAGCAAUGUCCAGACAAACUCAUCUACACAGUGUCUACAGGCACAGCCACAGUUGGGAAGUUUUGCCGUCAGGGUACAAUCAAAAGCAUUCAGGUGCUACGGGAAGGCAACGUGUCUUUGCAGGUGCCUGCAAAACAACAGCUGAAUGCAAAAAGCUUUGGGGUAUCAAUAGGACCGGAAAUAACAUCACCUGCAAUUAUCAAAGUCACCCUGCCGGAGAAGCCAUCGUCCCAGGAAUUCUUUUCACCAAACUACCCAGAGAGCUUUCCAAAUGAUGACCUAAUCACAUGGGCCUUCCAAGUUCCAUACAAGUACUAUUCAACAGUGCAUAUACUGAACUACACUAUGCCCAGGUGUGAUACGAAAGAUACACGAAUGGAGUACCAGCUAAAUGGCAAGACCUUGGUGAAAAAGCUGAGUGAUGCACAACUGUCUGAACACCAGGGCUCCUUCAAUCUUUCAUUGCAGAACUGUCAUGUAGACACACAAUCCUCCUCCACCAAUCUCACCCUGCAUUUCAAAAUCUCUGCCGUCCAGAGAGGCAGUGAAGUGCGCUGUACUGUGGAUCUGAAGAGGGAAAACAGGUUACAGAUACACAUAGAGAAAAAGAAACCCAAAUCAGAUUGUAUUUUGAAGCUGAAUUCACUGGCCCAAGAGACAGCCACCAUCCCUUCACAAAUGGUCUCCUAUGUAUCUUUCAUUGACUGCCAAGAGAAAGACCUACUCAUCUCUAUAAAAAAAACUAUAGCAUGUAAGCAGUUGAGAGACUGCCCAGUCCCUGAAUCUCUAGAGGUGCCUGCACUAGACAAAUGCAUCAUGGGAGUUGUGCAAGAGGUCCGAUGGCACCUAUAUGGCCCAAAGAAUGGCACAGUGGAGCUGGUGUCUUCAGGGGGCAGACUGCAGCAGUUUCUGCCUGGCCACACAUGCAACAACACUGUCCUUCUCAAUGUGUCAAAUGAGCCCCAAGGCGUCAGUGUCGGGCAGUUUUGUCCUCAGGGAGCUAUUCACAAAAUGCAAAUCAAUGUUCCAAACAUUACAGUGAGUGCUUCUCCUGCACGUGGCAAGAAUUUAAGGCAGAUCACCAACUCCCUCUUACACGUUUCAUUUGCUAAAUCUAUAAGAGCUUCAGAACACUACAUUUUCACUGUCUUGCCAAAGAAGGAUAUACCAGUGCUCUUAGCAACUCCAGCAUGGCCGUUGGGAAUGAAUGAAUAUGCCACUGUCUCCUGGUUCGUCUCAUUUCCCGCACAGCUUGAGGCUCACGUGAGCUUUACCAAUGUUAGCCAGCUCACAUGUAAGAAUCGACCAGCAUACAUUAAAUUGCACAGGCAGCAUUCGCAAGACAAGAUGUACAUCUGGCAAGAGCAAAAUCCAAAGGAUGUGGUGGUAUCAGAAAGUUUCUACCUCAACAUGUCAAACUGCAAGCCAGUGAAAGGAGCCUUCAGUGUGGUCAGCCAGGUCACCUUGCACAUGAGCAAAAGCGUGCGUUUGAGCAUCAUCCUGAGCGUUGUGGGUGUUGCUUUGCUGCUGACUGCAAUUAUUUCAGCUGUGGUCUGUAUUAUGAGGAAAAAGAAAAAGAAGAGGAGUGCUCCUGAGGUCUCAGUCUACAAUCCCAAUAGCCAUCCCUUCCUGCCAGGCCUUCACAGGAUUCCCCAGGAAACAGAGGAUGAAGAUGUUCAUAUUUAUCAUUGUAUAGAUGAUCAUCUGGUAUAUGGGCAUCUUCUUAAAGACUUAGAAAUGAAUGGGGAUGGAAAGCCAGCUGUGGGUGUGUACCGGGAUUUUACUGGACCCAUAGAACGGCAGCCAUUACCAGAGGAUGGAGGAGGUGAGGCGCCAGAAGUAGGGGUCUACAGGUCUUUCACACUGCCUCAGAGUGCGCCAGAUGUGCCUGAUACACUUGUAAGGCCAGGAGAAAAUCUGGCAUGUAAAGACACGCAGAAAGCUGAUGAGGAAAUCAGUGGCGGUGACUCUGUUCAGGAAACAGAGCCAGAGUAGGAUUAAUAAGAAUUUAAAGAUUAAAACUUGUAAUGCACUGGAAGCUAACAUAAAGAGGACCAUGGCUGAUCC